AGAGUCAAUUAUACAUUUAGCUGAAUAAUUCUUCCAACGUAGUCCACUAGACGAUGGGUGCAACUUGGCUUUCAACACACUAUAAAUAUCCUAUCAUCCCUCCCCUUGCAAUCCCACACACAAACACACAACAUGAAUUUCCUCACUACAAAAAAAUCUCUUCCCCCAAUUAGCGGGCUUCUUGCCUUGGCCCUCCUUCUGGUUGCCGGGGCUCAAUGGGCCUCGGCCCAGAACUGCGGUUGUACCAACAACCUCUGCUGCAGCCGUUGGGGCUAUUGCGGCACAGGGGACGCGUACUGCGGCGCCGGGUGCCAGGCCGGCCCGUGCUACGGUUCCCAAGGAGGGGGAAAUCUUGCGAAUAUCGUGACCGAUGCCUUUUUCAACAGAAUCGUUAAUCGGGCCCCGGCGAAUUGUCCUGGGAGAGGGUUCUACACCCGAUCUGCUUUUCUGCAGGCGGCCAGGUCAUACCCUCAGUUCGGGACAGGGGCCUCGGAUGUUGCUAGGCGCGAGGUUGCCGCGUUUUUCGCACAUGUUACGCAUGAGACCGGAGAGGAGAUAGGCGGCGCAUCCCGGGACUAUUGCGACGAAAAUAACCGGGAGUACCCAUGCGCACCAGGCAGGGGCUACUACGGACGUGGCCCGUUACAGCUGUCGUGGAACUACAACUACGGCCCGGCGGGCCGGAGCAUCGGGUUCGACGGGCUGAACAACCCAGACAUUGUGGCUAGAGACCCCGUUAUAUCUUUCAGGACCGCUUUGUGGUUUUGGAUGAACAACUGCCACAAUCGGAUCACUUCGGGCCAGGGCUUCGGGUCCACGAUUCGUGCCAUUAAUAGCAUGGAGUGCAAUGGGAGAAACCCGAACGCGGUCAGCGCCCGAGUUAAUUACUUUAGAGACUAUUGUAAUCAACUCCGAGUUGAUCCGGGCGCUAACUUGAGACGAUGGCUGAAACUUGGCUCCAACACACUAAAUACUAAUAUAAAUAUCCUAUCAUCCCUCCCAUUGCAAUCCCACACACAAACACACAACAUGAAUUCUCUCACUACAAAAAAAUCUCUUCCCCCAAUUAACGGGCUUCUUGCCUUGGCCUUUCUUCUGGUCGCCGGGGCCCAAUGGACCUCGGCCCAGAACUGCGGUUGUACCAACAACCUGUGCUGUAGCCGGUUCGGCUAUUGCGGCACAGGGGACGCAUACUGCGGGGAUGGGUGUCAGGCCGGGCCGUGCUACGCAUCCCAAGGAGGAGGAAAUCUCGCAAAUAUCGUGACCGAUGCCUUUUUCAACGGGAUUGCUAAUCGUGCCGCGGCGAAUUGUCCCGGAAGAGGAUUCUAUACCCGAUCUGCUUUUCUACAGGCAGCCAGGUCGUACCCUCAGUUCGGGACGGGGGCCUCGGAUGUUGCUAGGCGCGAGGUUGCCGCUUUUUUCGCGCAUGUUACGCAUGAGACCGGAGAGGAGAUAGGCGGCGCAUCCCGGGACUAUUGCGACGAAAAUAACCGGGAGUACCCAUGCGCACCAGGCAGGGGCUACUACGGACGUGGCCCGUUACAGCUGUCGUGGAACUACAACUACGGCCCGGCGGGCCGGAGCAUCGGGUUCGACGGGCUGAACAACCCAGACAUUGUGGCUAGAGACCCCGUUAUAUCUUUCAGGACCGCUUUGUGGUUUUGGAUGAACAAUUGCCACAAUCGGAUAAUCUCGGGCCAGGGCUUCGGGUCCACGAUCCGUGCCAUUAAUAGCAUGGAAUGCAAUGGGGGAAACCCAAACACGGUCACCGCCCGAGUUAAUUACUUUAGAGAUUAUUGUAAUCAACUCCGAGUUGAUCCAGGCGCUAACUUGAGGUGCUAA